GAAAGAUACGAGUAUGAUGUGCUGCACGAGAAUCAGCGCGGUCUUUUGGUGUUUGGCAUUCCCAAAUUCAGUGCGAGGACGCUGCUCCAAUGGGACCCUGCGGCGUGGACGAAUGCGAAGAACAGAGACUCGCCGUACAGCAUCGUCAAUGCGCAGCUGCCUGAUCCCUCGUGGGAAUGGGUG